CGGCAAUGCAGAAGGCCAUCGCAAUCGCACAGAUUGCGCUCUUAUCCUGCGCAAAGUUUUUAGUCGUACUCGGGUGGCUUUGACUUUGAAUCGCAAUAAUUUUGCAUGGGAAUAAUAAAUCAAUGCGUAGUUUUCACUCUCUCCGGUUGUACUAUCUGCAUAAGUUACAGAUUCCGUUUGCUAGUGCGAGAAAGGAAUUUUUGCAAGGGAUAACUCUACUUCGUCAUUUUCAUUCCCGUAUCAACCGCAAAAAUGUCUGGGUCUGGAAGAGUGCGCGAUUUGUCAUGCAGCUUUUCCAUGACCCAGGAAGCCUGGAAUGCAGGACCUAGCAUGACAGAUUCUGUGCAAUCUCUCUCAUGCCUAUCCUGCAUGAGAAAAUCCCUCCCGACUUGGUCAAAACUGGACGACUUUUGGUAAUCACGCAACACAGAUUUUUGCAUGCUCGAGAUUUAGCAUGACAAGUUGCAUUCUUCCAGACCCAGACACUUUUACAUUUGAUAUCCCGGACUCUCGGACGCCAUUUUCGAGCU